AUGCCCAUGCGACUUGUCGUAGGCCGGCGGUGCCGCCACCUCGUACUAGCUCUCUUCCUCCUCAUGCUGCAGCGGACCAGGACCAGUACUUGCUCCGCCUCCGGCAGCGGCAACGAGACGGACCGCGCCGCUCUGCUGGCGUUCAAGCAAGCCGUCUCCGGAGGCUGCCACGCCGACCCGCUGAGCUCCUGGAACGACUCCCUGCCGUUCUGCAACUGGCGUGGCGUCUCGUGUCAGGCCGGCAGAGCGACCGCGCUCCUGCUCCCGUCGGUGGGCCUCGCCGGAGCUAUUCUUCCAUCCAUCGGAAACCUCACCUUCCUCUCCUCCCUUCAGCUGCCGGACAACGCGCUCACGGGGGCGAUACCGCCGUCGAUCGGCGGGAUGCAGCGUCUCCGCCUGCUCGACCUCUCCGGCAACCAGCUCGGCGGGGUCAUCCCGCACGAGGCGGCGCUGCUCACCAACAUGACGCACCUCGACCUGUCCCGCAACCUGCUCGUCGGCCCAAUCCCGCCGGAGCUCGGCACUCUCGGCGGCGCUCUCGUAAAUCUCAGCCUCUCCAAGAACCACCUCACGGGGAGCAUACCGCCGUCCCUCGCCACGCUGUCGUCGUUGGAGUCUAUCAACCUCAGCAACAACAACCUCACCGGGAGCAUACCGCCGUUGUUCGCCAACCUCACGGCCCUCCUCGCAUUCGGGGUCAAGUACAACAGCCUUCGUGGGAGACUUCCGGAGGAGAUAGGCCAGUCCAGGAGCCUGCAGUACAUGGUGGCGUCCGCUAACGAUCUCCACGGCGAUCUCCCGGCGUCCAUCUACAACGUCACGUCCAUCAGGAUGAUCGAGCUAUCUUACAACUCGAUAUCGGGGAUCCUCCGCAGGGACAUCGGGGACCUGCUCCCGGAGCUCUACUUCCUCAGCAUGUUCAGCAACGACCUUGUCGGGGAGAUACCGGCGAGCCUGGCGAACGCAUCGGCGAUGCAGACCAUCAACCUCGGCGAGAACAACCUCGUCGGCGUGGUGCCCGCGGACCUUGGCGCGCUCAGGGAGCUGGCCCAUCUGGGCCUGAGCGUCAACAUGCUGCAAGCUGCCACACCUAGCGAGUGGCAGUUCGUGGACGCCCUCACAAAUUGCAGCAAGUUGCAGGUUCUGCACAUGUACCACAACGAUCUCUCCGGCGAGCUGCCGGCGUCCGUCGCCAACCUCUCCACGGAGCUCCUCUGGUUGGACUUCGCCUAUAACCGGAUAUCGGGGACCAUCCCCUCUGGAAUCGGCAGCGUAGCUGGGCUGACGACGCUGCGGCUACAGGCGAACAACUUCAUCGGGGUAAUCCCUGAGUCCAUCGGUCUGUUGACUGACAUGUUCGAGAUGCUCCUGUAUGAGAAUCGGCUGACCGGCAUGAUACCGUCGUCGCUCGGAAACCUCACCAAGAUGACUCACCUCGAGCUGAGCCAAAACGAGCUCGUGGGCGAGUUGCCGCCGAGCCUUGCAAGCUGCGGAAGCCUGGCCUAUCUUAGCGUCGGCGGGAACCGGCUCACUGGCACCAUUCCGGCGCAGGUCUUCACCAUCUCGGCCAUGUCCAACUUCCUCAACUUGUCCAACAAUUUCUUGUCCGGUGAGUUGCCAAUGGAGGCUGGCCAUCUCCGUAACCUCCCAAUCUUGGAUCUCUCCAAUAACAGGCUGACCGGUGCGAUCCCGGCGACGAUCGGCCAGUGCCAGAUGCUUCAGGGGUUGUAUCUCGGCGGCAACCUGCUUAGCGGCGGCGUCCCGCCGUCGUUGUUCGGGGACCUCAAGGGCUUGGAGGAGCUGGACAUGUCACGCAACAACCUUUCCGGCGAGUUCCCGCGCGUAUUGCAAGACAUGAGGUACCUGCGCCUCCUGAACCUGUCCUUCAAUCGCCUCGCCGGAGAGGUGCCGGUCAAGGGAGUCUUCGCCAACGCCACAGCCGUUGAUCUCACCGGGAAUGGUGAUCUCUGUGGUGGCAUCGGGGAAUUGCACCUGCCGCGUUGUGCAGGCGAAGCUGCGGCGACGGACCGAUCGCUGGCUGUGAAACUAGCCGUUCCCAUCGCGUGCAUAGCCUUCGCGGCCGUUGUCGUCUGCGUCUCCCUCGUGGCCUGGCGUAGAAAAAAGGCUUCGGCGAAAGUGUCAACUCCAAUGGAGGAACCGCACCCGAAGGUCUCAUACGCCGACCUCUCAACCGCGACCAACGGGUUCUCUCCCGGCAACUUGAUCGGCGAAGGCUCACACGGAUCUGUGUACCGAGGCACCAUGUUCCACGACGGCGCCGAGUGCACCGUCGCCGUGAAGGUGCUCAGCCUCCGGCAGCGAGGCGCCCCCGCAACCUUUGCCGCCGAGUGCGAGGCCCUGCGGCACGCGCGGCACCGCAACCUCGCGAGGAUCUUGACGGUGUGCGCGAGCGUGGACCGCCAAGGGGAGGAUUUCAGGGCGCUGGUGUACGAGUACAUGCCGAACGGGAGCCUGGAAAGGUGGCUGCACCCGGAGCCCGGAGAGGACGGCGGCGGCGGCAGCACGCUCACCCUUCUGCAGCGGCUCAACGCCGCUGUCGACGUGGCGUCGGCGCUCGAUUACCUUCACAACGACUGCGAGGUGCCAAUCGCGCACUGCGAUCUCAAGCCGAGCAACGUCCUUCUUGACGGCGACAUGGUUGCACGCGUCGGCGACUUCGGCCUCGCGAGGUUCCUGGAUAGCGCCGAGCCCCGUGGCCAGUCCAGCUCCGCCAUCCUCAAAGGUUCUAUCGGCUACAUUGCACCAGAGUAUGGGAUGGGCGGGAAAGCAUGUGCCAGCGGCGACGUGUAUAGCUACGGGGUCCUCCUGCUAGAGAUGUUCACCGGGAGGAGGCCUACCCACGCGAUGUUCCGGGAAGGGCUGACCCUCGCACGGUUGGUGGAGGCGGCCGACUCCGGCGGACCCGGCAUCUUGUCGGUCGUUGACCCUAGGCUACUCGACGAUGUUGCUGGGGAGACCAUCGGCGACUCUCGUAGACAUGGACGGUCAUGGGAUCAGAGGGCGGCGGUGGAGCGGUGCCUCACUUCAGUUAUGAGGAUUGGUGCAUCUUGCGCAAGCGAGGCGCCAGUGAAGAGGCCCGGUGUGAAAGAAGUGGCCAAUGAGAUUACCAAACUUAGGAUAUCUCUUCCAUUGUCAGGCUGAAGCUUUGUCCAACAACCGGAAGGGGUUCCAUCCACCAUAGCUUGAUUCCUUGUACUUGCAGAUUUAGGCGUUGCAUCAUUUUUCUCAACUAGGUAGGAAG